UUCAACUUCUCCACAUUAACUUCACUCCAAAAAAGCACCUUCACUGAUCUUCUAAAGAAGGCAGUGGAUGAAGCUUUACAGAGUAAGACUGGACACUUAGAUCUCUACCUCCGCUUCCUGCUUGGUCUGUCAAUGGAUUCUUGUCAGACUCUUUUACAGGGCAUUCUGUCACAAUCAGAAAUUAGAUCCCAUGACACACAAACAACGGCCAGCUACAUCAAGGAGAAGAUUAGGGAGAAUCUCUCCUCAGAAAGGACAAUAAAUCUGUUUCACUGUCUGAAUGAACUAAAUGACACCUCUAUAGUGGAGGAAGUCCAAAAUUACCUGAGGUCAGGAAGACUUUCGACAGAAAGCCUCUCACCUGCACAGUGGUCAGCUCUGGUCUUUGUGCUGCUGACUUCAGAAGGGGAGCUGGAUGUGUUUGACCUGAAAAAAUACAUCAGAUCAGAUGAAGGUCUUCUGAGGCUGCUGCCUGUGGUCAAGGCAUCCAGAACAGCACUGUUGAACAGCUGUAACCUCACUGAGAACAGCUGUAAAAUCUUGUCUUCAGCUGUCAGCUCAAAUUCAUCAUGUCUGAGGGAGCUGGAUCUGAGUCACAAUGACCUUAUGGAUUCAGGGGUUAACCUGCUCUCUGCUGGGCUGGUGAAUCCACAAUGUAAUAUCAGGUUACUCAGGCUGUCAGGCUGUAGAGUCACAGAUACAGGUUGUGCUUCUCUGGCCUCAGCUCUGAGAUCAAACCCCUCACACCUGAGAGAGCUGGAUCUGAGCAACAAUAACACAGGAGACUCAGGAGUGAGACAGAUCUCUACUUUACUGAAGGAUCCUACAUGUCAACUGGAGAGACUCAGGUUGUCAGGCUGUAGAGUCACAGAUAAAGGCUGUGCUUUUCUGGCUUCAGCUCUGUGGUCAAACUCCUCACACCUGAGAGAGCUGGUUCUGAGCUACAAUAACACAGGAGACUCAACAGUGAUUCAGCUCUGUGGUGUACUGAAGGAUCCUAAAUGUCAGCUGCAGAAACUCAGGUUGUCACACUGUAACAUCACAGAUACAGGCUGUGCUUCUCUGGCUUCAGCACUGAGUUUAAACCCCUCACACCUGAGAGAGCUGGAUCUGAGCAAGAAUAACACAGGAGACUCAGGAGUGAUACAGCUCUCUGCUGUACUGGAGGAUCCUGAAUGUCAGCUGCAGAUACUCAGUUUCUCAGACUGUGGAGUCACAGAUACAGGCUGUGAUUCUCUGGCUUUAGCUCUGAGGUCAAACCCCUCACACCUGACAGAGCUGGAUCUGAGCGACAAUAACACAGGAGACUCAGGAGUGAUACAGCUCUCUGCUGUCCUGGAGGAUCCUAAAUGUCAGCUGCAGAAACUCAGGUUGUCAGACUGUGGAGUCACAGAUACAGGCUGUGCUUCUCUGGCUUCAGCUCUGAGGUCAAACCCCUCACACCUGAGAGAGCUGGAUCUGAGCGGUAAUGACACAGGAGACUCAGGAGUGAUACAGCUCUCUGCUGUACUGAAGGAUCCUAAAUGUCAGCUGCAGAUACUCAGGUUGUCAGGUUGUAGAGUCACAGAUACAGGCUGUGCUUCCCUGGCUUCAGCUCUGAGGUCAAACCCCUCAUACCUGAGAGAGCUGGAUCUGAGCCGCAAUAACACAGGAGAAUCAGGAGUGAUACAGCUCUCCGCUGUACUGAAGGAUCCUAAAUGUCAGCUGCAGAUACUCAGGUUGUCAUUUUGUAGAUUCACAGAUACAGGCUGUGCUUCUCUGGCUUCAGCACUGACGUCAAACCCCUCACACCUGAGAGAGCUGGAUCUGAGUGAUAAUGACACAGGAGACUCAGGAGUGAUACAUCUCUCUGCUAUACUGAAGGAUCCUAAAUGUCAGUUGCAGAAACUCAGGUUGUCAGGCUGUAGAGUCACAGAUACAGGCUGUGCUUCUCUGGCUUCAGCUCUGAGGUCAAACCCUUCACACCUGAGAGAGCUGGACCUGAGCUACAAUAACACAGGAGACUCAACAGUGAUUCAGCUCUGUGAUGUACUGAAGGAUCCUAAAUGUCAACUGCAGAAACUCAGGUUGUCAGACUGUGGUGUCACAGAUACAGGCUGUGCUUCUCUGGCUUCAGCUCUGAGGUCAAACCCCUCACACCUGAGAGAGCUGAUUCUGAGCCAAAAUAACACAGGAGACUCAGGAGUGAUACAGCUCUCCGCUGUACUGGAGGAUCCUAAAUGUCAGCUGCAGAAACUCAGGCUGUCAGGCUGUAGAGUCACAGAUACAGGCUGUGCUUCCCUGGCUUCAUCCCUGAGGUCAAACCCCUCACACCUGAGAGAGCUGGAUCUGAGUGACAAUAACACAGGAGACUUAGGAGUGAUACAGCUCUCUGCUGUACUGGAGGAUCCAAAAUGUCAGCUGCUGAUACUCAGGCUGUCAGGCUGUAGAGUCACAGAUACAGGCUGUGCUUCUCUGGCUUCAGCUCUGUGGUCAAACCCCUCACACCUGAGAGAGCUGGAUCUGAGCAACAAUAACACAGGAGACUCAGGAGUGAUACAGCUCUCUGCUGUACUGGAGGAUCCAAAAUGUCAGCUGCAGAAACUCAGGCUGUCAGGCUGUAGAGUCACAGAUAUAGGCUGUGCUAUUCUGGCUCCAGCUCUGUGGUCAAACCCCUCACACCUGAGAGAGCUGGAUCUGAGUGGCAAUAACACAGGAGACUCAGGAGUGAUACAGCUCUCUGCUGUACUGGAGGAUCCUAAAUGUCAGCUGCAGACACUCAGGCUGUCAGGCUGUAGAGUCACAGAUACAGGCUGUGCUUUUCUGACUCCAGCUCUGAGGUCAAACCCCUCACACCUGAGAGAGCUGGAUCUGAGUGACAAUAACACAGGAGACUCAGGAGUGAUAGAGCUCUCUGAUGUACUGGAAGAUCCUAAAUGUCAGCUGGAGAAACUCAGGUUGUCAGACUGUAGAGUCACAGAUACAGGCUGUGCUUCUCUGGCUUCAGCUCUGAGGUCAAACCCCUCACACCUGAGAGAGCUGGAUCUGAGCUACAAUAACACAGGAGACUCAGGAGUGAUACAGCUCUCUGCUGUACUGGAGGAUCCUAAAUGUCAGCUGCAGACACUCAGAUUAGUAGAUGUCUGGCUGUAGAGUCACAGAUACAGGCUGUGCUUCUCUGGCUUCAGCUCUGAGGUCAAACCCCUCACACCUGAGAGAGCUGGAUCUGAGUGACAAUAACACAGGAGACUCAGGAGUGAUACAGCUCUCUGCUGUACUGGAGGAUCCUAAAUGUCAGCUGCAGAUAAUCACAUGAUAAUCUUGCAAUCAAUGUGUAUGCAAAGAGACAUACUGUCAUGACCUGCUCUGUCCAUCCCCCAGUAUGACCAGCAUAAAUAUAUUAACCAAAUAUAUUAACCAAAGUAGGGGAGACCAGAGGCACUGCAAACAGUGAGUGCAGUGUGUAAGCUCCGGCAGAUAUGGCUAUGGCAGCAUAAGUAGGAGGGAGAGGCAGGUGGGAAUGCAGGCAUGGUGAGUCCCUGAACGUCAGCACUCCAAACAUAUAAUGGGGUGUGAAGCUAGAGUGACAGCACUUACAGUUCAGUUCAUCGCAAGCCAAUGGCACCGAUCCCCACCAGCUCUACACCUCACACUGUAUGCUUAGUUAGGGGUGAGUAGCUAGCUGGAGCUAGAACUAGAGUCCCUGCAUGUUUGAGUAAACAAUUGUGUUUUUAGUCUAGACUUGUAUGAGAACGCUCUGCGGCCUGCCAUCGUUCUUUCUCCUCUAGUUACUGAUAGCUAUCCUUCUCCUUGAGAUCAAAGCAGGCAAGGAGAAUUGUAUCAGCUGGUCUCUGUUAGAUCUCUAAGAUAUUCUGGUGCAAAGCCUCUGUGUUUAUCAUAAGGAAAUCUUUAGGUGUCCUGCACAGGUCUUCUAACCCUGAGAGCUGGAAUUCAUCAUCUGGUAUGACAGAUACAUAACUGCCCACAUAGCAACUGAUUCUGGGCUAGAUCUGCCUGCAUCUCCUUAAAUCUGGAUGCCAGUGACAUUGGGGCAGGAGAGUCUGCACCAUAAUCUGUCCAGAGUUCUAAACGAUUACAGCUGGUCUGUAUGCACUCUGCAGAUCCGGCGCGCAUUCGCCUGACCGUAUAUGUAUGAUCACUCACUUACCAUUGAUCCGUUGUGCAAAAAGAUACUGGACCAGAUCUAGUUUACGGAUCUGCGGCAAUUUCUGAACAACAUUUGGCCCAGAUCCGUGUUCAGACUCACCUUGCUAUGUGGGUGUGUGUUGGUGCUGGGUGAUAAUUUGGUAAUUUAAUCAAUCUCAGUCACCAGAUCCCAUCAGUUUAACUAAAGUAAUUGAUCUGAAGAACUAGAGAAAUCCAGUUGCAGGCUUUGGUAGUUCCUGGGAUAAUGUGCUGGCUUCUGUCUUAUCUGAAUGAUCACAAGAAAAUUGAUUGAAUAAAAAAUACAUUUAUUUGCAUAAACUUCAAAGCUACAGCAAACAAUUUGAUAUGCACAACAUGUGAUGUUACUAUUAAUAUCGCACAUCGUCCAGCCCUAUAAUAUACUACAGCCAUUUUCCAAUUCAGUACAAAAUACCCUGCCUCACCUUAUGUCAUUCAGCACCAGUAACAGUUUUUAUGCCAGUGGAAAAACAACACCUUGAAGUACUCUUUUGAUAUGGUUGUGCAAUUGUGCUAUGUACAGACGCUCCUCUAACUGCGAAUUUUCAACUUACGAACUUUCAGACAUACGAAUGAAGAGGAUUUUAAGUCCAAAUUGUGCAAUUUUGAAGAGUUACAGGUAUACUGUAAAUUAAAGAACUGGCUUUUAAAUACAGCAAAAUUAUUCUUGUGGAAAUAUAACAGUAAGUUUGACUUACCAAUAUUCUACCAGCCACUUUUGAUUACAAGCCAAAUUCAUGCUAACAAAUUCAUCUAAAUGAAGCAAGGCUCUUCAUAAAGCACUUUGGGUAUCGAAAAGCUCUGUCUAAAUGUAAUGCUCAUCCAUUCAUUCAAAGACAAUUCAUAUGCAGUUUUAUACUUGAGUUAGGGAUUCAAAUCCUGCCUGUCCUGCACAUAUACCUACCCAGACAUGGGUGCUGGUUCUCAUCCCAGGAUGUUGUUGCUUUACAUGGAUGUUACAGCUGUGUGUGGCAUCCAAACCUGUUUUUAAUUCCAUUGUAAUUAGUUCAUACGGGUAACAUGCAAUAAAGACAUAUAAAGAC